AUAUAUUUAUAAGCUAUAAAAUAAUUGUUUAUUGAUGUUAAAGUUUACACGUAUACCAUAUUAAUGUGAAAUGAAUGAGUAAAGUUCAGUUAUUUAUUAAUGGUUUAUUUAAACACUGUUUUAUUGACUACAGUCAGAAAAAUCUGACAGUUCUUUCCACCCCUACAUUGAUAAAAGAACAAUAACUGGUCAUUCACACCUGUACCGUACCUGUAAUCAGCCGUUUCCCGUUCACCCUGCCUGACCUGCCUGGUGGCUCUGGCUCCGCCCACCUUUCUUUUUUUAAACUCCUCACCUGAGACUCAACAGUUUCCUCCUGAGAGUCCAGGCGACUAACUUCCUUCAUCUCGUCACUCUGCUGCUUGGAGUUUCUUCAAGUUUCUGCUGAUCUUAAACCAACCAUUAUUUUUAUUUACUUUUAUUUAUAUUAAAUUGUGUUUGACGUCAUUAUGAGUUCCAAGCUGUGGACAGAGGAGCAGUUUAACUGCCCCGUGUGUCUCGACCUGCCAAACGAUCCGGUCACCAUCCCCUGUGGGCACAGCUACUGCAUGGCCUGCAUCCAGGACUUCUGGACCAAGGAUGACCCCAAAGGAAUCUACAGCUGCCCCCAGUGCCGCCAGACCUUCUGCCCCAAGCCCUCCCUGUCGAGGAACACCAUGCUGGCCGAGGCGGUGGAGCAGCUCCGUAAGGGGGCCCUCAAAUCGGAGGUGCGAGACUCGGUCCGGAGUGCCCGUGGGGGGGCACCGAGAUCCAGAGUGGCCCUGCCCAGCGCAGCCGUGCCAUGCGACAUGUGCAAAGGAGAGCAGCGCGCGGCGGUGAAGAGCUGCCUGGUGUGUAUGAGCUCCUUCUGCGACACCCACCUGAAGCCCCACCAGACCAAGAAGUCCCUCAAAGCCCACGAGCUCAUCCCGCCCACCAGCAACCUGGCCGAGAAGAUCUGCACCCAGCACAAGUACCUGCAGGAGUUCUACUGCCGCCAGUGCAAGAUGUUCGUCUGCUGGCUGUGCACCAGCAACCAUCACAAGGACCACGAGUGUGUGUCCACCAAGGCUGAGCGACUGGACAAACAGAAGGUGCUGUCGGACAUCCAGGGAGACAACCAACAGAAGCUGAAGACCAGAGAGCAGGAGCUGAAAGACAUGAAGAAGAUGAUGGAGGCGGUGAAGCGUUCUGCCGACAAAGUCCACGAAGAUGCGGAGAGCGUGCUGUCGGACCUGCAGCACUCCGUGGAGCGGCUGCAGGACCUGCUGACCGAAGUCAUGGACCAGGCCUACCUGGAGAAGACAAACCAGGCCCAGGAGGUGGUCGAGAGCUUGGAGUCCGAGAUCAAGGAGCGGAAGAAGAGGGACGAGGAGAUGAAGGGCCUGGCCAACUGUGAGGACAACAUCUAYUACCUGCAGACUUGUGAUUCCAUGAGCAGUCCUCUGGAGUGCGGGGACCUGCCGGUGGUACGAGCCAACACAGGGGCUUCCUUUGAGCCGGUCCAAGACGCYAUCCUGGCCCUCAGGGAGAGAGUGGAGGACCUGUGCAACCAAGAACUCAGCAAGAUCACCAAACAAGUCAAUGACACCACCCUGUUCACUUUGGGAAACUCCAGAGGGAUCGGAUCGAAGGGAAACAUUYUAAAACUGUUUUCUGGGAUUAGUUCCCGCAACACAAACAGCCGUUCAGCAGCUCCCAGUCUCUCGGUUGGAAGCCGGAGGACAGAGCGUCAGAGACCAGGAGUCAAAAGUCAUGACGUGAGGAACAGAGACACGCCUCAAGACCGAGGAAACACGAGUUCACCCAACAGACGGAGGAGAGAGGAAAGAGAGAACGUGAGGGAGACAAACUCCCAACCCAGCCCCACUCCCAGUCCGACUCCUAGUCGCAGAGAGACCCAGUCCCUGUGGAGCAGGUCCAGUCAGAGGCCGGCUGCUCCCGCCCCAGCUGUUGUGACUCCGUCUCCAGUCCCAGUCGCUGCCGCUCCUGCUCCUACACCAGCUCCAGCUCCGGCUCCAACAGGAACUUUCAGUCGGAUGGCGUCCAUCAGCAGCCUGUUCCGCUCCCGACGUGGCGCCAACCAGGCCGCUCCUGCUGCCCCGGCUAACAACACAGCUCCGGCAGGAGGACAUCCAGGGGGGAUGGCUGCUGUGUCAGAAACUCCAACAGAGAUUAACCCCAGCCUCUUUUUGGACACCCCCACACCGGACCCCACAUUUCAGUCUCCUGCUUUCCCUGCAUUAAGAGAGAUCAACCUCGACAGCAUCCAGGCACCCGAACCAAGAACCAGAGAGGAGUUUCUCCAGUAUUCUGUGAACUUGGCCCUUGACCCUGACACCGCCCACAAGAGGCUGGUACUCUCUGAAGGUGACACUAAAGCCACUCUGCAGGCGGUGGCGCAGCCUUACCCAGACUGUCCUCAACGCUUUGACGGCUGGACCCAGGUGAUGUGCCAGAGCCCGCUGUAUGCCCAGCGCUCCUACUGGGAGGUGGAGUGGCGGGGGCGGGGCUCCUCGAUAGGCGUGGCCUACGGAGCGCUGAGCAGGAAAGGCUCGGACGCCAGGUCGGGCCUCGGUUACAACGCCCAGUCCUGGACCCUGGAGCUGUCGGACACCUGCUGCCUGGCUAUGCAUGCCAACCAGAAGAGGGACAUACCGGUCACUUACUCCCCUCGCCUGGGCAUCUACCUGGACCUGUCCAUGGGAACACUGGCGUUCUACAGCGUGGCAGACAACAUGAUGCACCUUCACAGCUUCAGGGCUAACUUCACCCAGCCGCUGUACGCCGUCUUCGGGGUGGGGAGCGGUGUCGGGGUGGGGUUGGAUUUCGCCCUUGGGCAGUUCUCAUCGAGCUUUGACAGCAUCAAGAUCUGUCCCCUGUAGAGUUGAAGCACAGUAACUGAUGGAUCAUUUAUUUGAGACAGAUCCCAAACAAAUCACGUAUUAGUAAUCAAGGGAGAAACAUCUGUUGGUAAACACAGAUUUUCUACAGGACUGAGAUCUAAAGACUGGCAUUUCAUGACUUUAAUGUGCUUCAUCUUACUCCUUUGUUGCCUUGGUGGCAGACCCAUUAGUGAUCCAUAUUAGAGUCUUUGUCCACAGUUUUAUGGCACAUUGCUUCGUCCAUUGGCCUUUCAAUGCAGUGAAAUUGUUCUUUAUCUUCAGCAGAAGAACAGCACCAAACGAUAAUGUUUCCACCUCCUUACUGGGGAUGGGUGUUUUGGGUCUUACUCUAUUUCUUAUCCUCCAGGCAUGGCAGAGACAACUAAUGCAAGGAACUUUCUCCAAGGCCUGCUAUGAAUCACUCAGAUGUUAACUAUCAAUGAAGAGACCGUGUAGACUAGGGGGUCCAACUCAUUUUCACCGAGGGCAACAUGAACAUUAUAAUUUUGUGUUUACCUUCAACUAAACAUGUAUGGCCGCAUUCCUGAGCACCAUUAACAAACAAUAACUGAGCUCUACGUGGUAUUUCCUGCAUAGAAACAGAGUAGGGGUCACCACACUUUGAGACUAAGAGCUACUUCGGGGGUACUGAGUUACACAAAGGGCUACUUGAUACAAACAUAAAUUUAAACGGCUCAUCUUUAAUUAUGGUAUAAUUUAUAAUAAAUUUAUACAUGUAAA